AUGGGCAGCCUCCUCCCGCUCCUGGCCCUGCUGGGCGCGGCGGGGGGUGCUGGCUCUUUGGAGGAACGUGAGAGCUGUGGAGGCAUCAUCGACGUGAUCAGUGCAGCUAAUGGGACCAUCCACUUACCAGCAGUCAAGGGCCCUCUAGCACCCACCAGAACCUGCACCUGGGUGAUAGCCGCGCUGCCCUCUGAGGAAGUACGCGUGGAAAUCAAAGCCCUGGAGGCUGCUGCUCAUCCCAACCUCAGUGUGCGCUUUGAAGGUAGCCCAGGGGAAGGGGCUGGCAGGGAGGGGCCCGUGGACAUUGCCCACAGCUUUCUUCUGAAGGGACAGGGCAGAACCGUGAUCAGAGGGAGCCUGGAUUCCAGUCUCACUUUCACUUACUGGGUGGUUGUGGAUUGGUGUGCACGGGUGGCCCUUUGCUGCUCCAUGGUGGGAUCGGCGCAGACCUGUCUCUGCCCUGGGAACUCAACAGAGGAACGCUGCCGGACAGGUGUGGAUGCCCUGGAGUCUCUGCGGGAAGGUGUUGGGCAGGUGGCAUCACAAGAGGCCACUGUGAAGCUGAGGGGGGCUGUGUUAUCUGGAGCUGCUGAGCGUCUCCGCAGCACCAGCACUGCAGCCUCGGGCACUCGUCUUGCUCCUCACCAGAGCCCUGCGGCCUGGCCUGCCGGCACUGCUGAGAGCCCCGGAGAUGCAGUGAGUAACGCUGCCCCUGUGCCGCGAGGGCCGUGGCUGGGCAGGAGAAGGAAUGGGCCCCUGGCUCCGGAGGGAGCGACCACUGAGUGUGUGGAGCCACCGGCCACUGCAGCAGCUGCUGAGCACCGGGACAAAGCCCGCGACCCGGGAGUGCGUACACACCCAUCUGCUACAGGAAAGGGGGCGCCCGCUGAAAGGACCGGCAGCCCUUUGUUCUCUGCAAGAUCCCAGUUCAAGGCAGCAAAUCCCACGUCAGUGCCUCUCCCUGGGACAGUCCGUCUGGGAAACCUGAGGGCAAAAGAUCCUACUUCCCUGGGGAGCAGCAGCUCCGAUAUAGAGUCACCCACGGUGUCUCCUGGCUCUGCUGCCCGGAACCGGGCACCUUCCAGCACCUCUGCAGUAACAGAGCCAGUGUACCCCAGUGGAGAGAGCGUGCUCACAACAGGGCCCUUGGACCCGGAGCCGUGGAGCAUGGAAACGCCGGAUGCUGCUCUCGGCCUGCGUCAAACCAGGACUGAGACCAGCCGGGGCAGUGCUGCGAGCGCACAGAAGCCGGUGACCUUGCUGCCUUCCUCUGUGCUCAUGGCCAGCCCUGCUCCCAGGGCAAUUGCAGGGGGCAGUGGGGCUCAGCGCUUCGGAGGAGGGAAGCAGGGGCUGGGGACAGCACACGGGGAAGCUGCUGUUACUGCGGAGUUGGACUUCACUGACCUGGGCCUCGGAGCCACGCUGCCAAGCCCCACAGAGGGUUCUGGCACCCUGCCGCGAGGACAGACGAAGCUCGCCAUGCGCGCUGCAGCCUCCACACCGUGCGACUCUCUGGAAACCAGCCAGACACCUGCUCUGCAGCCCAACAGCCGGGAGAGUCUGACCUGGCGGCUUUGGGGCAAAGCUCAGCCAGCCACAGAGACUGGCGGGACCCCAGUACGCACCCCAGACAGCGGCCUGACAGAGCCGCUCGCCACAGCAGCUCGCUCUGCUCCAGGACUCCAUUUCAGUACCCCUCGCAUGGUGCCCCUGGGAAGCCCCAGGCCUGAGGAUGACCUGGGCCAUACGCUGGCGGAGGCUGGCUCUGAGGAGUCUCCAGGGCACAGUGUCAGUGGAGUCCCAGAAAACAUGGACUUGUCUCUCUCCAGUGACGUGCGCACAGAGGGGGACCCUCAGGCAGCGUCCUGGGCUGAGUCAUUCCCUGGGGCUUCCCCAGACAGGAUGCCAGGCGUCUACACGGGGACCCCAAGGCCUUUGAGCAACCUCACAGCACCUGCCCCAUCUCCUGGCUCGGCCCAGCCCCCAGCCCCAGCUGAGCAGCUCAGCAUGGGGGCCGGUGUCUCUCACCCCACAGCUCCUGGCCAGGAGAACGGGGGUCUCAAUGAGCACGCCCCGGAGCCUCGCCUGUCGGCACCAGCCCCAGCCCGGGAGCGGCUAUCGAGUGACUUCUGGACUCUAGCCUGGCUCCCCAAAACCCCUGCUGAGAGGACUCAAGAGCCUGGCACAGGGGAGUCCAGCAGCACGGUCUCCGCCGUGCCCGGUACAGCUGUGUCUGUGGGCACGUUCUCCCAGCCUCCUGUCUCCUGCACUCCUGGGGCCAAGCAGCCCUCCCUGGCUCCUGCCCCAGUCGUGGCAGUGAUGUUUCAGAAGGGAGUGUUCUCAGGAGCCUCCAGCGGGGAAGCUGUGCCCCAUGGCCCUGGCACUGUGCGAGCCACCACUCCUCUGGGCUUUCAGCCUCCGCCAGCCAGCCAGCCUGCUGGAGCGGAUACACCGGCAGCCAUUCUGCAGAGAGGAUCCACAGCGCUCAGCCCAACAGAGCCCCCCGAACUCCCUGGGACCGGGCUGAGCUCCCCAUUCCCCUUAGCGAAGGAUGUUUCAGGGUCUGCUGCCCUGGGAUUCGCAGAGCUCAGCUUAGCCACCACCCAGUCUCCAUCGUGGGACACGGCAACCACUAAUGCCACGGUGGCAACGUCCUCAUUGGCAUCUGCAGGCUGGAGGGGAGGGACCGAGAGGCUGGGCCAGUGGGCAACAGCCCCCCUGGCCUGGGCUGCGCAGGCUGGAUCUGAACUGGGGAAUUCCAGCCAAGCCACUGAUACAACGCCCCCGAGCAGGGCGGGGGAGCGCUUUCCGAGCAGCAGCACCGGGACCCUGUUCAGCCCUACGCCCCCCAUCCCAGAGCUGAUACUAACCUCCGAGAGCGCUGGGUCCCCAGCUGGCAGCAGGAGACCCUGGCCCCCCCUGGCAGCCACCUCGAGGGCAUUGGGUGCAGAUGUUAUGGAUCCCAUGAGCAGUGCUAGGAUGAAUGUCCCCUUCGCCAGCACGCAGCUGGGGGCAGCGAUGCCGCCAGUGACUCCUGGCCCCACUGGUCUGACAGAUGGGCAGCCCCCACCUGUCACCACCAAGGGUGCCCGUGGCAGGGCACAGAGCGUGUUCGUUGUGGAAGACCAGCCUCCUCUUCUCAAAGCUGCCCUUCUCCGUGUGCCCUGCGAACUCGCGCUGGAGAUGGAAUUCGUUGGCGCCUUCCAGAUUCCCGCAUCGCAUGCGCAUCGCAGCCUGGUGCAGAGUUUCAAUGAGACGGUGGCGCCCCUCUUCGCGGCUGUGCCAGGAUUCCAGAGCCUAGAAGUGAUGAGGAUCAGGAAAGGCAGUGUGGUGCUGGAGUACGAUGCCCUCUUCGCUGCGGAGCGGCUGCAUGGGCAGGCGCAGGACUUGGGAGCCCUUUUAAACCGGACGGUGCUGUCGGGUGCCACCCGCUUGGGUCUCCACGUUGCCAGUGCCCCUGUGCUGUGGAACGUGGUCCUGGAGAGGCAGCUGGACCUGUGCACGUUGCUCUUCUCGUGCCACGCCGGCUUUGAGUGCAUCAACAGUGGGGCCGGCAAUGCCAGCUGCACGUCCGUGUGCCACAGAGACUACUGCAAAAACCACGGCAUCUGCACGCAUGCGCACGACCACGAGCCUGUGUGCCAGUGCCCCACCGGCAGUGACUACUGGUUCAUGGGCCCACGCUGCGAUUACAAGGUGACCCAGCAGAGCUUGCUGGGGGUGGCCUGCGGGGUGCUGCUGACUGUGGCCCUGCUGGGUGUGGCCGUCACCUGCCUGGUGGUCCGGAGGUUCAAGGCGCUGCUCUUGGAGGCCAGGGUUGAUCAGACCAAAAGCAGCUACCGCCGGUUUUGUCGCCUUGAUGAUGUGUCAGCUCAGUACUGGUCUCAGUCUUGGCUCGCCUCUGCUAAUUCCUUGGACAACCCAGGCUUCAGCAACUCUGAGGAGCUACUCCACUUACAGAUGCUAGACAACAGUUGUUGCAGCUGUAAGGAUGACACUAUGGUUGCAGACAGCUACAAGCAGCAGACCACAGCUAUCAGCACAGUUUGCAGGCCCAGCUUUCACUAUGACUGGGACACAAGUUCCAGUAGCAUAAAUGAUCCCAUGAUUGACUCUGGAAAAGCCAGUGAUAUUUCUGUGUCAAGUUGGCCAAUGGAACCAGUUCAGUGGACACCCUUUCCAAUUCUACAUCAUCUUUCCAGACAACGGCCGCCCAAAGCUAGUAGGCGACCUCAUUCCUACUGUGAGGGGAUGGAACUGGUCAAUCUUGAAAGAAGUUGGACAGCCUAAAAAUGGCAGACUAAAGACAGGCAACGGUUGUCAGCUUUUAAAACCAACCACGUUUUAUUUUCACAUAACAAGCUCAACGAAGGAGUUUCCAACACUUUGACAAUACAAUCAAUGCAGGUAUGAUGUCAGUUCUAGUCAAUGCAGAGUGCUGAAGAUCAUCAGCGAAACCUUUCAGCAGUAUUUCAGACUGGACGUUAGAAGCCAGCUUUGGUUUGGGACAAGGUAACUGUUAGUAGUAAGUAGUUACAGAUAAAGUGUUGAGUUAACACAAUGCUGGCAUCCAACAAAGUAAACGAUUUACACCAGGCAAGCUGAGAAUAAACUUUUUGAAGUCACAUAUUACGUACAUAUAUGGUCUGCCCUACAGCCAUUUCAGAACAAGCCAAGCCACUGUGAAAAGUGAAAUACAAAUUAAACGCUGCUGCAUUGUUCAUUAUGAGUUAUGUAAAUGAGGUAUACAUUUAACGCCAGUACAUGUUUAAGCAUUAAACUUUAUUUUCCAAAAUGCUCUCUUUAUUGGCAAGUGUCCUGUUGAGGAUCUAGCGGGGCACAAAUGGUGGGGUUAUUAGAAACCUUGAGAUUUAUAAGUACAGCCAGGAUCAGGGCAGCCCAAUCCCAAAGGUGCUCAGAUUGGGUAAAGCAGAGCAAGCUGCAGUUCUCUACACUUUUUCUCUCAUGUCAGAGUGAGGAUACUGAGGGAGAUUUUUGCUAGAAUCAAAUGCAGAUUUGUUUACCUUUCUAAAAAGUAUCAGAAUAAAAGAAAUCCAAACUACGAUACACAGUUAUAGCAACACAGAUUUUCAUUGUCUAGAAAACAGCCUAAAUAAAGUCACCCCAAAAUAGACAAUUAUAUGCUGAGCAGCCAAAAAUGCCAUGAUUUAUUAAUAUCUGAAGAAACUUCAUAAUUCAAACACAACCAAACUGUACAUUUUACAAUCACGUUCUAUUUGUAAACAGUUAAAAGCCACUGACUUCUUUUGCAUCUUAGGACACAAACAGAAUCAAGGCAAUGAAAUGAUGGCGAUUUCUGCACUGUUAAAAUUUUUACCCUUGCUUAGUCUUUCAUUCUUCAACUAAACAAGCACAGUAUAAUACCAUUGGUGGCAAAAA